GACAAGCAGGUGACAUUCCAGGAACGUGUUGCCAAGAUGGACAUUGACGAGGCCAGAGCGGAACACCUGGUGAAGUUGCAUCAAGACAAGAGCAUCAUGUCUGAACAAGAGACAGGGUACUAUGACAGUAUUGCUAAUGAGGAUACUGGGGAAGAUGGUUCAUUCAUCGGCACCAGUACACCAAAGACAUCCGGACAAACCUCCACAGCACACAUGGCAUCAGGGCUGAGUGCCAGUGUAAUGGGACAGGAGCAGAGCGAGUACUAUGACUCCAUGGUCCGAGAAAGCAAAUCAAAAGGAUUGACAAAUGGACACACAUCUCAGAAUGAAGCAGUGCAAGACCCCACAAGCCUGUCAGCCUUUAGUACUCGAGCACAAUUAGCUGAGUCAGCUGCUCAGACAUUCCUGGCCAACAAGCCUAACGACCUCCAGUCUGGUACCUCCACCACAUCUUUACCUAAAAACAGCAGCUCCUCUAGCCUGGCCUGGGACGCUCCAUUACGAUUGGCACAGGAACAAGCACUCGCGUCACAGGAGAUUGAUUCUGAUGAUGAGAUCGAGUACCCUACCAAUGGACUUGUGGAGACUGACCUCAUGACUGACAAGUCGGCGUUUUUCGAAGAGGAUAAUGACCCUCAUGAAAUGGCCAAGAGGCUGGAGAAGGAAAUGGCCGCCAGUGUGGUCAGCUUCUGGAGGAAGACAGUGGUGCAGUCCCAAAUACCUGUCGACUAUGGACAGUACGAAGAAGAAGAGGAAGAGAACACUUUAAAUGUUUCCUAUGGUCAUGACCCAGAUAUGCCUCCCCCGCCUCCACCCUUGGACAUGGCAAUGGACUCACCCACAGGUGCCCCUGCUCCUCCUCCACCCCCUCCACCUCCUCCACUGCCUCACUCUCAGACCAUGCCCAUGAUGAAUGGAGGGGGGCAUGUACGCUUGUUGGAGAAUGGAACAAAUGGAGACAUGCAAAGAUCUGAAGAUAGAAAUGUGCCUAAAUCGAAAAGUGACAACCACAUUGGAAAUGGUACUCCAUCUGUGACAAGGCAAAUUUCACUAUCUGACAUGCGAGCCAAACUACGGAAAACAAACUUUGAUGUUGCGGAUGGAACUCUCAGAAAGGUCGUAGAAUCAUCGCCCUCUCAAGUUGACUUCCGCCAUGUCUUAAAGAGAAAACAGCAAAAGACUCCUCUGGAAAAUGGGUAUAACUAAGAAGCUCAGAAACUAAUACAUCCACUGGGAACUGUCCUCAGAAACAAAUACAUCCAUAAGACUUUUGUAAGCCUUCACUGUUUCUGUGUGUGCAGAAACAAAUACAUCCAUAAGACUUUUGUAAGCCUUCACAGUUUUUGUGUGUGUAGAAACAACUACAUCCUUUAGCCAAACAGCAUAUUUUUGAACAAAUAGUCAGACCCACACUUGCUAGAUCUUAUCAAGAGUGUAAUUUUGCAUUAUGAAUUGAAUCCAAAGAACAAUAUUCCAUUAAUAUUGAGCGUCUUCUGUAGGCAUGCCAAGAUGUGAUAGCGUCUGUGUUGAUGUUUGUAUGUAUUAUUUUUGUGUAGUGACCUCUUGUCACCUAGAUGUGAAGGGCGCCUCCAUACAUAGCGUUGUGAUGGUCCAUGUUGGGUAUAACAUUAUUGUGUUCCGUGCUCCUGGCACCAUGUCUUAACACAAAAAUAUCCAUUCAAUCAAACAGAUUGAAAAAGUUAUUGAUUUUAUUCUUUUUUUUUACACUAAUUGUAUAAAGGUUAUUGUUGGUAUUUUUUAAAUUGAUGACAAAACAACACUUUAAUUUUUCAGUAUAUCAUAGAUAUUGUCAGUGGACACAAUGUGAGCGCAAAGAAAAAUGCCACCAAAAGUAUUCAAUAAAGAGCAUUAAUCACAUGAAUUAAUACCUAUUUGUACAAUCCACAUUUUUGUUUAUUUAUUUGUUGUUUAAUGCCGCACUCAGCAAUAUUACAGCUAUAUGGCGGCUAUUGUCCACAUAGGUUUGAUGUUUAGUGAACUAUGAAAUGUUGAUCUAUUGUUACAUGUUAUGUCCAGUUGUCUCCCUUGUGUGCUCCCUUUGGCUUGCAUACAUUAUGUACAGGAUGUUGAUCUCAAGCUGGCUUAGGCAUCAUUAGUUUACAGGUAAUGACAAAAUUGUUUUUUCCAUUUACACCAAAGCUGGAGGACAUUAAACAUUUCAGCUCUACCAGGAGAAAUAGAAGCUGUCUGUUAGAAUGUGUUUCAUUAAUUGCUAAUAACUGACAGAUAAGUUGGGUCAGAAAAUACCACAUUGUACAGAUGCGUAUCAGGGAUAGAAUGAGAUUUCAGGAUCACGUGUUACUGUCGGCCUAAAAUUUCAUCCACCAAUGCUAAUCAAAGUUUAAAAGAGGAAUUGUCUCUGUGAAAUCAGGUUGAGAUUCCCUAAAAUGUUCUUUUAAGAAGCAGUUUCCUAUGCAAGGAGGUGACAAGACACAUUGGUUGGAAUUUUAGUGGGCCUAAGUUUUGGCAACUGACUGUGAUUGGCCAGUACUGUUCUGAUAUUUUUCGAAUGUUUUUGAU